AUGAGUACGAUUAGUCGUGAGUCCAGCCUGUUACCGGAACAGCAGCGAAGCGUCCAGGAUGACGGGUGGUUCGACCACUUGUUUGGGGAGGAUUUGAAGCUGCGUUCAGAGGGGCACUGUUCGUCGUUAAUUUAUGAUUAUGUUUGUACCUCCAUUAAACUACUCGAGGCGAAGAAUCGCGAGCUUGAAUCCAAAUUAGAACGCAAGCUCAACCAGUACCCAAAAGUGCAAACACGUUCAAAAAAGGUCAAAGACGAAAAUGAUGAAUCACAAGAGACAGAUCAUUCCACCCUACUGGAAGCAGAAGUCUCCAACAUCGCAGAAAAUAUCGUCUCUUCCAGUACUGCGAAGCGGCAGAGCCAACUGGACUUGUGGCGAACUUCUUGCAAAGCCCUUCUAGACGAACUCUUAUUCGAAAGCUGA